AUGUCUCGUAAAAUUCUGGCUCUUCAUUUGCUUGUGUUUCUCUAUGUGGUUAUAAAGGUUUCCUGCAAAAUUGAGUUCACCAACAUAGAGUGCAAGUCGACGGAUAAGAAUUUUGCUGAUUUUGAGUAUUGCUAUUUAAAGUCGGUUAAUCGGAGUUACAAAUACCUCACACUCAAACUUAAUAUGCUUCUAUUGAAACGUUUCAAUGGCUACCGACCUUUUAUGUACAAUGUCACUGUGGAUAUGUGCAGAUUUAUGAUAAAUCCAGAAGUAAACCCCAUCGCCAACUACUUUUAUGAGCUCUUUAAAACCUAUUCAAAUCUUAACCAAUCGUGUCCCUUUUCUGAAGACGUCAUCGUGGAUAAAUUAACUGCGACCUUUGUAAAUAAUAAAUUUACUAAUGUUUUACCCUUCCCAGAGGGCGAUUACUGUUUUGAAUCACAUUGGAUUGCCUACGAGGUCGAAAGAGCGGUGGUUAAAGUGUUUGGCACUCUAACCCCAUAA